AUGAAAAGCACUUUUUGCCUCCUUUUUACGUGUAUCUGCUCCUUCUUUCUGUUGCAUCUGCAGGGAGGUGCAUGUUCCGAGGGCGAGCACAAGCUCUUCUCCGUCAUCUUCUCCAAUUACAACCAGUACAUCCGACCGGUGGAGAACGUGUCCGAGCCGGUCAUUGUGCAGUUUGAAGUGUCCAUGUCCCAGCUGGUCAAAGUCGAUGAAGUCAACCAGAUCAUGGAGACCAACCUGUGGCUGAGACACAUCUGGAAUGACUACAAGCUCAAGUGGGAUCCAAAAGAUUUCGGAGGCGUUGAGUUUAUUCGGGUGCCGUCCAACAGGAUAUGGAAGCCGGACAUUGUGCUGUACAAUAAUGCAGUCGGAGACUUCCAGGUUGACGACAAGACGAAGGCUCUGCUGCGGUACAAUGGCGAGGUCACGUGGAUCCCUCCCGCCAUCUUCAAGAGCUCGUGCAAGAUCGACGUCACCUACUUCCCCUUCGACUACCAGAACUGCACCAUGAAGUUCGGCUCCUGGACGUACGACAAGGCCAAAAUCGACCUGGUGCUGAUCGGCUCCACCAUCAACCUCAAGGACUUCUGGGAGAGCGGCGAGUGGAUGAUCAUUGACGCCCCCGGCUACAAGCACGACAUCAAGUACAACUGCUGCGAGGAGAUCUACACAGACAUCACGUACUCGCUGUACAUCCGCCGCCUGCCCCUCUUCUACACCAUCAACAUGAUCAUCCCCUGCCUGCUCAUCUCCUUCCUCACAGUGCUCGUCUUCUACCUGCCGUCCGACUGCGGCGAGAAGGUCACGCUGUGCAUCUCUGUGCUGCUCUCCCUGACCGUAUUCCUCCUGGUCAUCACCGAGACAAUCCCCUCCACCUCGCUGGUCAUCCCGUUGAUCGGCGAAUACCUCCUUUUCACCAUGAUUUUCGUCACCCUUUCCAUCGUCAUCACCGUGUUCGUGCUGAACGUCCACUACCGCACACCCAAAACGCACACCAUGCCGCAGUGGGUGCGAGGCGUCUUCCUGGGGCUGCUGCCCAAAGUCAUGUUCAUGACCCGACCGGAGAGGGAUCUAGAGAAGACGAGGGAGACCAUUGAGAUGAUCUACCAGAGACCGUGUGGCGGUAGUGCAUCGGGCUCCCACCACAAGCCUCAGGCUCUGGCCUCCAGCGUGGUGUCCAGCCUGACCAACCGCCAGAGGCUCCCAAAUAACACGGAGCUCUCCAAUCUCAACAACUUGAACACAAACAAAUCGACCAAACGCGGCGAAUUGGGCUCACUGUGCUGUGAGGGACGCUGCGACAGCUGUUGGCACCAGAGGUCCGGUAAACUGCCGGUGGACUCUGGAGGCAGUGGUAGUGGCUUAGGCAGCCUAGGGGUCCUGACUGGAGCCGGCGUGCCCGGAGCGGGGAGUCAGUGCUCCAGCUCAGAGUCUUUGGAUGCGGGAGUCCUGUCUCUGCUGCCGUUCUCCCCUGAGGUCAGGGAGGCCAUCGAGAGCGUCAAAUACAUCGCAGAAAAUAUGAGAAUGCAGAAUGAGGCAAAGGAGGUGCAGGAUGAUUGGAAAUAUGUCGCCAUGGUGAUCGAUCGCAUCUUCCUGUGGGUUUUCAUCCUGGUGUGCAUUCUUGGAACCGCUGGCCUUUUCCUUCAGCCCCUUCUGCUCGGGGAAGAAAUAUGA